AUGGGGGAGGGCGCGGACCAGACAUUGCCACGAGCGUCGAGCCCCGCGAUCGGGGAUUCUAAACCACCCAGAGCCUCGACAUUCCCCGAACUAGGUUCGGUGACUUCGGAUGUUGCGUCAGGUUCAAGCAAUAGCCAACAAGAUGGAAGACAUUCUCGUCGUCCACCUGGUUCCAUUCCGCUGGUCAGAAACUCUACACUCACGCUGCAUGAGACUCGCACCGAAUCUAGUGCUAUCGACCCCCUAUCACAGCAUAUCAUUCAACGCAUGAACACCCAAAAAUCAAUCCCAUUGAAGCUAUUGGGUCGGGCAUCGUACGAGGCCGAAGCAGCGGGUUCGGAGUACAACCUGUCAGACAACGCGGCUCGGGGAGUUGCAGCAUCAAGCCCCAAACUCUCUAAAGAAAAGAAAAAAGGUGUUUCUUUCUUAAGUCGAAUUAUUGGUGGCAAAAAGAAAGAUACUUUAUCUGAAGGAGAAGAUGAUACCUCAGAGGCUGAGGCUACCCGCAUGUCCCUCGACACUUCACACCCGAUAGGGUUUAUCCCUCGUCACGCUGCACCGACACGAUAUAUGAGGGUCCGAGCUCAUUUCAAGAAAGAUAAGACUUUUGAACAUGUUUUUUUGUCACAAGAAUUACAAGGCAUGGGUAUGCCACAACCUGUUGCACAACGCCGUCUAUCCACAUCGACCAGUGCCAAUGAUGAAGGUACUGGAAAGGCAAUAUGGGCAUUAAGCUUCUCAAAAGAUGGCAAGUAUCUAGCGGCGGCGGGGCAAGAUCGAAAAGUUAGGGUGUGGGCUGUCAUCACUACACCAGAAGAGCGAGAAGCAGCCAAUGCGCAGGAUGGCGAGAGAGCACCAGAUGGACAACCGCCCAAAUUCAAGGCAUUGGUGUUUGCACCCAACCCUGUACAUGUCUAUGAGGGACAUACGGGAAGUGUAUUGGACUUGAGCUGGAGUAAAAACAAUUUCUUGCUUUCGUCCUCAAUGGACAAGACAGUUCGACUAUGGCAUACUAGUCGAUCAGAGUGUCUCUGUUGUUUCCAACACAGCGAUUUUGUCACAUCAAUACAGUUCCACCCCAAGGAUGAUCGCUUCUUUUUGGCAGGUUCCUUGGACACCAAGUUACGACUAUGGAGUAUCCCGGACAAGACUGUGGCAUUCGUUACAACGGUGCCAGAUAUGAUCACCGCAGUAGCUUUCACACCAGAUGGGCGGUACUCGAUGGCGGGAUGUUUAAAUGGUCUUCUCAACAUUUACGACACGGAAGGUCUCAAAGUAUCUGGUCAGAUUCAUGUUCGAUCAGCGCGUGGACGCAACUCGAAAGGGAAUAAAAUCACUGGCAUCGACACAAGGAUGGUUCCCGAGGAUGAUCCGAAUGGGGAUAUCAAAAUCUUGGUUACGAGCAACGACUCUCGAAUCCGUCUCUACGAUUUCCGAGAACGGGCUUUGGAGGCCAAAUUUCGAGGUAAUGAAAACACUUGCAGUCAAAUUCGAGCUUCUUUCACCGAGGAUGGCAAACAUGUCAUCUGUGGAAGUGAGGACCGCAGGGCUUAUGUCUGGCCGAUUGGAGCUGUCGAGCGAAAUUCCGAUAAGAGAGCCGUGGAGAUAUUCGAAACCCAGUCAGCUAUUGUCACAGUGGCCGUGACAGCUCCAACAAAGACCAAGCAACUCCUUGCAUUAUCCGAGGAUCCGAUCUAUGACAUCUGCAACCCACCACCUGUAGCUCUUGUGAAUCCCGAGGACUUAACAGGAACCCCCAAGCAAUCUACACCAACCGAAAGCAAACACAAACACAAACGAUCUGUAUCAACACCACACUUAUCCAUAAUCAGCAAAAUGGCCCAAGAGUCACCAGCAUAUUUAGCUCGUUCUAAGCACGAUGACGGAAAUCUCAUUGUCAUCGCCGACUACUCCGGUAGGAUCAAGAUCCUCCGACAAGACUGUGCUUAUCACAAACGCCGCUACGAGAACUGGGACGCCAAUUCUACAAUCUCCCGUCGGAUUCUCCGACGCUCGAACUCCGCACGACACAGCAUUGCCUCAUCCACCGGCAAAGAAUCCACACAUAGGACCCCAUCCGAGCGGAUCAUCUCCUGGCGCAACUCCGUGGUCCGCCAUGGCCGCAACAGCACCGAGGGAUCCCGCUCCGGACUCCGAACACGUAGUCCCUCACCGCAACGACCAGCGGUAUUCCGACUCUCCUCAUCCCGCCCAUCGAGUCUAGGCCCGAAUGAAUCUCUUUCGGUAGUCACGAUGUCCCCACCUGGUUCACCUCGCCGAUCUCGGGUAUUUAACGGCGAUAAUAACCAUCGUUUGCACGAAGAACCCAACAAGAAACCCAAUGGAAGCCAGGUGCCAGAUCCUCGCAAACUGCCUAUCUCUUCAGCCGAUCUUGUGGCUAGUGGCAGGGGUAAAGAUAAUCCCCUGUGGCUGCAAGGAGAUCACAGCUAUGCCUACUGGAAUAAGAUCACACAUGAUGCGUUGGCAGCCAAGUCUCGCAAGCAGAAUAAUGACUUGCUUAGUCCGAAUCGCAUUCCUUCGGGAGGUGAACGCAAGAUGAGCAUAGCUGGCAGUGUGCUCAGUAGUGAUUGUGGCUCCUCGGCUGGUGAAGUGGACGAGGAUAUUCUCAAAUGCGACCAUUGUCGUGGAACCAACUUUCGAGGUGUCAAGGAUCGCGGUGGGAAGCAAAGGCUGAUCUGUGUUCAAUGCAACCGGUCUGUCUCUUGA